AUGUCAAGCCAGCAGGUGUCGGCAGCGGUGGCCGCUGCCACCGGCGGCCAGCGCCUGCAGGCGCUCCCCCUUCGCCGGCUCCCCUCGACCACCAUUUCGUCCAUCCGCUGGCGCCUGCACAAGGCAUCCCGCCUGCAGCCGGGGGUGGUGCAGGCUUUCGGCCGGGACGCCAGCCGCCCCGGUCGGCCGGAGCUCCUCUCGCCCAGCUGGGCCGGCCGGCCGGUCACCUACUCCGACGAUGGCAAUGACGAUGACGAUGACGAUGACGAUGGCCAUAGCAGUGGCCACGACGGCGAAUUGGCCAGCUCGGGCCUCAGGCGGCGGGGCCUUUCCGAUGACGAUGACCAUGACGAUGAGGAUGGGGAUCGCGGGCACUCCGGGCGUGGCGCCCGGGCGUCCGGGCGCCGGCGCCGGCCUCGCAGCCAGUCAGCCCGGCGCAGUGCGUCGGCCUUCUCGAACAGCGUUUCGACCGGCCUCAUCGGGCCCAUUCGCGCGGACACCUUCGACCUCGGCGAUUCGGACGAGGAAGCCGGCGGCAAGAGCGCACGCCUGGGCCAGCGCCGGAAGCGCAUCCCCUGGGACGCCCUGUCAACACAGCGUUUGGUGUACUCGGUCAUCGUCGGGGCGACCGCCAGCGAGGAGGCCCGCCGUCGGGGGGGUCUCCCGUGGGGCCUAAUCACCACGCUGGUGGGGCAGCUGUCAGUCGCCGCCUGCCAGCGGCGAAUGAUCUCCCUCCGGACCGGCAACCCCCAGCUGGAGGGAUUCAUUCGUGAUCGGCAGCGCAUCCGACGGAAUCUUUGGACCGCACAGUAUGGUCCCCGGGGGACACAGCUGCACGAGUCCCAUGAAUUGUGGAUCUCGCGCGAUAUCAUGUCCGAGGAGGAGCUCCUCAGCGAGGUGGACCGGUGGCCACCGAUCGAGGAGCACUAUCUCCGGUCCCUGGCCGAGGGGGACGGCGGGCCUGCCAGCAUGGACGUCGACAUGUCGACCGCCGCGUCUGCCGACGCCCCCGCCGCCGAGGUGGCAACCUUCACCCCGGGCCGACAUAACCUGCCCGGGUACAAGCCGCUGCCGCGUCUGCUGCGCAACCAUGCGGACUUUGUGCACACCUAUCGACCCGUGCGGACGGCCAGCUCUCGGCCGCCCUUCGAGUCCUCCAUGCAGGGCACCGCGCGGCUCAGUCGCCUGGUCCAGCGGAACAUGUGGACUUCGUUCGGCCUGGCGGCCGGCGUGACGCCCCCGAGCCGGCGGGCUGCCAGUGCGCAGGACACCCGUGCAUCGCUCAUGCCCGGGCUUGGCCCGGGGUGUGGCCCCGAUGCGCUGACCCUCCCACGCUGGGUGGUGGCCGGUCCUCUGCGAAACCCACACCUCCAAGGCGCGAAUGGCUCCUCCGGGGGUGCCGGCGGCGCGGCUUCGGCCGAUCGCCACGCCGAGCACAAUGCCUGGCAAGUGCGCGGCGCGUUGUCUGCCUCGCUUCAAGACCGCCGCCACUAUCUGUCUGGCAACUACAUCCGAUCAAACCAUCAACCAGCUGCCGGGUCGCCGAAUCCUCUGCUGGCCCUGGAGGACUCGUGCACCACGGCCCCGGGGACCGGGCGCACGCUUUGGGACAUGGCCAGCACCGGCUGGCAGCCGCCGACCACCGGCCCUGUCACUCCGACGGGUCCGAUUGUUGCGUGUGACCACUUGCUAGCUUUCCCCCCCACAUCGGAAGCCGACCGUGCGGAGCACUUCUUCCAAGCACUGAACCUCAUCAAGUCGGUGCUUCUCCAGCCCGGGAAGUCCGUGGAUCCCUUGAUUAUCUACCUUCUUGCGCGUCAACUGCCGACCACGGCCUUCGAGGCGGCCUUCUCCUCUUCCGAGAAGCUUGGCAUGAUUCAGCUGGCCGCGCCGUCCGUGAUUGUUGCUCCCUCGGCCGGGUCGGCAGCAAUGGCCAACGCUCCGGCCGCCACCGCGCCAACGGCAACAAGCGACUCGAUGACCGUGGAAAGUCCGGCGCCUGUGGCCACUCCCGCCUCCGUGGCCAGCCCCCUGUCUCCGGUGGCGCCUGCGGGCUCGGUGUCCCCAUCGGCGACCGGCGCCCCGGCAUCCGCGUUGUGCUCUACGGCCACACACCCAGCGGCCGCAUCAGGCGCGGCCUCGGCAAGUGGCAAUGCCAGCUCCGGUGCACCGGCGCCCAGGGAGGCCCUCGCCACGGUAUCCACCCCCGCCCGGCCGCUCAAUGUGACGGAGCGCUUUUUGGCGGCCCUCUUCGGCACCUCCUCGGCCCUCAGCAAUGCGUCGGGCUCCUCGCAGGAUGGCGCGGUCGCCGCUCUGCUUGCCGGUGCGACUGCCUGCCAUGCGGCCCUGACGCGGGACCUGGCCCCGGCCGAGUCGCUGUUCGAUGAUGUGGCCUCGGCCUCGGCCACCGAGACCACGACCAGCCAUGAGGAUGAGGAAACGCCCGCCUUCACCCUGCCGAUGGUGUGGCAUGGCGGGGCGGUGGCCUGCAUCUUGGGCCUGCGCCACACGGGCCGCAUCAGCAUCCUCCCGCAAUUCGACCACUUCCCCCUGGGGCUGGGCGCGGAUCGCAGUCAUGCGCCCCACGGUGCGGGUGGCUCGCUGGCCGGCGCCACCGGCCCGGCCUCCACCUCCGGUGGUUCCUCCCUGAAUGGUGGCGAUGUCCAGUCCCCCGGAGCCGGGGGCGACCUGGCCAGCGGUCCGCAGUCCCCGUCGGCGGCCUCGGUGGCUGGCGAGCAGAAUGACGGGCUGGACAGCCUCCGGCAGUUGGCCUUUGCCCAUGGCCGGUAUGGCCGGUCGGGCGUCAGUCUUCUCGAGAGCCUGCAGCUGGUGGUCCAACCGGCAUGGGCAAAUAGCGCCCUGGCCGGGCAGCAUGGCCAGGACCCCCGUCAGCCAACGGCGGCCCCGGCUCAGCGUACGCCACGCAGCUUGCAGCUGACCUCCCUCUUGGAAAGCCCCUCCUGCCCGGCAGCCGGCCCGGGAGCCACCGCCACCUCGGUGGCCACGGUCCCCGCCCGGCGCGUGCCGCCUGGCCAGGAAGAGCCCUCCUCUGAUCCGCAUGCCCUGGCGGAGCCCUUGCGGUCGGCCACCCUGCUCGGGCCGCGGCCGGCCAUUCCGCUGGCUCCCCAUGCCACUGGUCUGGACCCGAGCACGGUGCCCGGGUCGGAACGGUGGGCUCCGGCCCUGCACCAAUGGCUACUGUCGCUCGGCUGGCAUGCAUCCCUGCGUGCGGACGAGGCGCUCGGCCUUGGCGCCGGAGCGCACGGCGUGGGCUUCAGCCAGGAGGUGGCCUUGCUGCCUCAUACCCUUCUCUUUGCGAGCAUCUGGCGCGCCGGGUCCGCCGGCGUGCGGGAGUCCAUCGUCGCACGGGAUCCGGCCCUGGCUGCCUUCUCCUUCGAGCAUAUCCACCUGGCCCUUGCGCACUUGGUGGGCUUCGGACUGGUCAUUCGUGAGGGCCAUGUCAAGACCACGCUCCUUGCCAGUCCCUUCUUCCUGGAGCAGAUGGAUCGCAGUAGGGUCCGCCUCCCUCGGCGGCCCUGGUCUGAUUUGGCGGCCGGCUACAACCGCCAGCUUUUCGAUUCCUUCCAGCAUGCGCUCAUUCGGCAAAUGGUCCUAACCGGCGGUGUCGCAGAUGAGCCGACCCUCCUUGCGGCAAUGGCAGAGCUGGUGUCCAUGGGCGACCUGCGCGAUUUGCUGGACCACUUGAUUUGUCUGCGCGUCCUGCUGCCGGACUUGGCCGUGGCCCUUGCCCAGCCGGGGUCCUUCGCGGACACAGUCAUCUCGAUGGAGGAGUCCACCGGCCAGGCAACGAUCACCACAGCCGGGGCAUUCCUCCGAUGCCAUCUGGGCAUCAAUGCCGCGCCCUUCGACCAUUACGGCGGAUUGGGUCUGUCGCCGGCCGAGGAGCAGGCCGGCCGGCUUCCAUCCCGGGAGGACCCCCCAUCGCGCCGGUCGGCCCACACGGCCAUCCGUGUUCGGCGCUCCUUCCGUCUGAGUCCGGUUUGGUUUGAGCGCGCCAACCACUCCAUUUCGGCCACCGAGUUCCUCAACCUGCGGGGGGAUCAGUCGCAGCCGCACUUCCCGCCGGUCGGGACGGCCGCCACCAUCGCCCGAGACACGGAGACCGUGGCGCAGUCGGCCGGCUAA